UUUGCGUCGUCUACAUUCGCCCGGGUAAUUCGUGGUGAUUAUUUGACGAGUGUACGUGCCACGACAGUUUGACGUAUAAAGCACGAGGGGUUAGACGUAACGGCAAGCUGAUAAAAUAAAAGCUCGGAAGAAAGAGUAAAUCAGUAAUAAUACAGAUUAGAACGAGGGAUCUUAAUCGUUUCAGCGUCGAUGCCGCUUUGACGGUACACAAGCAGAUCGCAGAUAAAUAUUCCCGAUUAAUCAAUCCGUCGGGACGACGGAAUAAUCGAACGAUGGGAUUCGACGGCAUGAGGGUUGGCGGCGGUCGGUGCCCUCCGCUUUUGGUGGGCGGUUUGGUGCUCGCGUGUUUUUUACUCGUCUGUAACUGGUGGACGAUUUCGACGGAAAAUGCGGAACUUCUUCGACAGAUCGACGACCUUAUUGACCAAUUGAAAAGCAGCGUAGAGGAAAGAGAUCAGUGUACAAUGCGGCGAACUUCUCUGGAGGAUCAAUUCAAGACACGAGAACAAGACAUUGCGUCGCUCCAUGUGCAAAUCGAGCAAGACAAAGCUUUGCAAAAGAAACUGGAAGACGGGGAGAUGAUAUGCAAGACGGAGCUUGAAUCUCAAAAACAAUUGGACAUCACACAAAAAGCCACUUUAGAAUCUCUCAGAGUGGAAAAGGAUGCGUUGACGAAAGAGGUGGAUGAAAAAAAAGACGAUAUUAAGAAACUGCAAAGUGAAUUGGAAGAAGCCCGAGAACAGCUGAGUGAGUUGAAACUUGCCGUAAAUUCACCAGGCAGUAAUAAACCCUCCAGUUCUGUGUCGCAAGUAUCGCCGCCAAGGUUUGUACCGCCCAGUAAACCAAACUUGGGUUCAGUUCUCGAGGGCGCAGUGAAGGUAUCGAACCCGGGUCAGCAAGGUCUUUUGUACCACGGCAUUCCGAUUCUUCCUCGAGAUCCGCCGGGUGCCGAGCGGCAACCCAUUAAGCUUUCGGUCACGAUGAUCAAAGCAUCAGAAGCUCCAAUUUUGAGCAACGAAACGCAGAAUGGCGGUAAUCAAGAUGCACAGAACGGUAUAGAUGCCGGCAACGAUCGCAUGGAGGAUCAAAUUGACGAAAACAUGGAUGGGAGAGAGGCAGCAGAUGACGACAACCCUAAGAAUCAAGAAACAGCAAAAUUGGACGCGAAUCAGCCAGGAAAUUAAAUUACUACGAGAAGAAUAAAUUUAGGUAAUAAUAGUCCGUCGAAUGGUAUUAGGCAUCGUGCAAUACAUACCUGCGUAAACAACAAUUAAGCUUGCUAAGGAAAUCUAAUUGUAAGCAAGCGCGAGGCCAAAUCAAAUUUUGAAUCAUAGCCAGCAGAUUUUAAUGUUCCAGCCUUAUACUACAAUGUGUAAAAGAAAUCCGGAACCUUUAAUCUCAUAUCAAUUUAACUAAUAUGUAAGUAUCUAAGUCGGUUAAUCGUUAUUAUUAAGCAAUGCAAAUCUCUGAAAAUUAUCCUAGUUUCAUCGCUGAUAGCCAAUGCCAUUGCGCGAGAGGAGAGAGAGUUUUGGCUCUCCCAAGCGAAUCGGAAUCACUUUUACUCGUUACUUUAAAAAAUCCGAAAACUUUUAGCACGGAUUUAAAUGCUAUUUUUUACUGUAAAGUAUAUUUAAGCUAUUCGAUAAAUUGUGACCGUUUUAUUACAAAGUAUUGAUACACAUAUAGGUAUAUUAAUAACAAUGAAGAUAGCGUGUAUUUUAUGAUAAAUUCAUUGUUCGGUUUUCCAGAUUUUUGUAUAUAUAAUCGAGUUAUGCAUUA